AUGAUCGCUUAGUGAACCUUUCAAUGUUCAGAGUAUAAAUCAUAAAUACAAUAGUGACUUCAACAUGUCUAUGUACUUUAGUUACUUUUAUGCGCUAUUAUGUUUAGCAGGCUUGCAAGCAUACACAUCACCGGGCUAUCUUGGAUGUUUUCAAGAUGGAUUCGACAUCAGGAUACUAAGAGGAACCUUUCAGAAAUUAAUAAGAAACAGUGGUAAAGCAUGUAAGGAAUAUUGCCUGUCAGCGGGAUUCAGAUAUGCUGGAACGAAGGCGGGCUUUGAUUGUUAUUGUGGCGAUACAAUAAGAAAGAAACAGUUGGCUGUUGGUUGUUAUGAACGUUGCCCAGGUCGACUUGAUGAGUUCUGUGGUGGAAUUUCAGAAAUAUCAGUUUAUGACACCUGGCAAUGCGCUACGAACCCAUGCGACCCCGGGCAUGUAUGCGACGAUCUUGAUGCACACACAUAUAGUUGUAUUUGUACACAGAGUGACUGCCACAAAGAAAUAACAGAAACAACACUUCUAUCUACACUAAAAUUUACAACACAAGUACAUGUUACUCAGAAAAUCGAGACAGAAACAAGUGGAGAAGCUGCAACAGAUGAUGCCGGACAUUCAACAGUAAACGUAAAUGAAGUGACAGAAGGUAAUAAAAAGAACCACAUAACAAAAGAUAAGUCAAGCGGAUCAACCAUCAUUGCUGUACCAGUAUUAAUAACGCUGUCAGCAAUUGUUGGCAUAGUUAUCACUUUGGUUGUUAUCAAGAAGAGACGGCAAAGAAAAAGCGAUGAUAUAUACCAUGAAUAUCACGAACCUAGUGAGUUAGCUUCACAGACGACAAACCAUGCGUUUAUCAAAGAGCCUGUCAAACCACACAUUGUAAAGAACAAGAGACAACAACCUGAUGCAGAUUAUGAAGUAGCCGCACAAUCGACUGAUGAUGCGUAUGAAUUGUUGCAGCAUAACGUAGAUCCUUCUGGCGAAUAUACAACAAUUGAUGUACAUAAAACAGGUGCAAACAACAAGACAUAUCCAAAUGGACUUUACGAAGCGUUAAGAAAGAAAAAUCAACCCGAGGUCUUGUACAGUAAAGUAAAACAAGACCAAAAGAAGUAGUGUAUUCUAUAUGAAUGUAUAUAUUGAGAGUACAUACCAUGUUAACAGAUUUUAAUGCAUACAAUUCAAAAUAUGUAAAACAGUGUUUCAUUUCAAGGUGUUAAUGUAAGGUUCAAUUGUGUUAAAAGAAAGCUAUGUUUAUUUUGUUUUUAUUGUUGCCAAAUACUGAUGUUUGACAUUCACCUGAAAAAGAAAAUUGAUUAUUUUUUUUUCAAAACCAUGCAGCAUUUUGUAAACAUUAUAAUAAAUAUAUAAUAUCACUACAGUCAUUAUAAUAACACUUUUUAUUGAAAUACAUUUAUCUUUCUUUAAUGUUGCGCUGAUGUUUGAUAUAGUUUUUUGUCGACAAUGACUCGUACGUAUAAUAUCAUACGUAUAGUUGUAUAUUAUGCGGUUGUUUAGUAAGCAUUAACUAAUACCAUAGAGAAACUAGUGAUCAUGUGAUAACUAUUGAAUAGCUGUAUAUAAAUUUGAAGACUUCAAGGAAACUAUCUCAUCCCGAGUAUGUUACAUUAAUCCUUUUCAUUUUUAAUGCCAUGUGUAAGAAAAUCGUGACUAUUGAACAGAAAACGGUUACCAUGUUGUUAUUAAAGAACAGUUUGAUCUUAAUUGUCAUACUUAAAUCAUGUACGUUAAUUUGUUUUUUUUUAAUUUUCUCACUUGCAACCUCCUAAAUUUCCUUAUCAAGCUACAAUUGUCUGCAUUCGUGCUUUGAUUAAAGAUUAAUGUUAUAAUUCUUAUUUUAUACGGGUGACUUAAAUCGCUCUUACACAAACCACUUUCACAACCUUAACAAUCCAUGUGCAGACCUAGGUUAUAUUUCCAAUUUCCCAUUUUGUCGCCCUCAAGGUCAGUUUGUUUUAUCAAUCAAGACAUUGCUAUUGAAUAAAUGCCAUCACAUUUUAAAUUGUCCCGGCAUUUUGAUAGUUAAUAUAUAGUUUUUGUGUGGUAACGAAUCUCUAUUGAUUUGUGUUUUCUAUUGAUUUGAACAAUUAUUUGUUUAAUAUUUAUCAAGGGAGCAAAUAAUUUUAAGUAUUUUACUGAAUUGGUAUAUUUACUUUAAAUAUUGUAAGUACAUACAUUUGUAAUUGAUUUAAGUGUUUGAAACACAAAUAAACAUCGAUUUAUAAAGAUAUAAAAAUUACUACAAAUUGUCCUAACCAAAUUUCAAAUUUCCCCAUAACCUUAAAUAAUAUUCAGUAACAUGUGAUCUUUGAAUGUGACUCCGCCAGUGUUACUUUGCGAAGCAAAUAACUCGUAAAAUAAAAUGUACACUAUGCUCUAGGCAUAUUCUUUAAAAGCAGUCCUAAAAGCUUCAACCUUUUUUUAAAUUUUGUUUUAUUAUGUAAAAAGUAACGACUUACUCACAAAGAGGAGUGGAAGUAAUUACUGCUUUGUCUUAAGGUAAAAUUUAUUUAUGCCAUGCUGAAUAUAAUAUUUAUCAACCUUUAAUUUUCCAGUCCCAUUAAUCCUGGGACGAUGAAGAAAUCGCAGUUAAGAUAACUAUACAAGUUUCAUUUAAACCAUUGAACGGAAUUUGACUAGCUUACAGGGAACUAAAAUGUAUACAAUACAUUACAGACAAAACAAUAGUUAUUUGUGAAUGCUAAAAAAGAUACAUCAACAAAGAGAAAAAGAGUGACAUUGACGGAUCUUUUGAUAAAUGCACCAUAGAUACUAUGCAUGCGCUUUAAAGUUUUGCUUUAGGUUCUAUCAUCGCAAUUCAUCAAUAAACCAACUCAUGUAAAAAAUGCUUUAAAACGACAAAUCUAACUCAUCCCCUUAUGAUUGAUAAUUUGCUUUAACUUGCAUGUAUCACAUUUUAAAAAAUGACAGUAAAUAUAUAUUUUUUCGUCUUAGUGCCUCUCAUGUUGUCAA